AUGGCUGGCAACAGUGGUCGACCACUGAGGCCAUUGUCAUGUGGAGUCAUCGCCUCUGAGGAAGGAAAUGAUGUCCCAGGAGGGGCCUUGGGGCUUGGCUCGGUAGGAAGUGGUCGAUCGAUGUUUGCUAUUGCUGAAGAACUCCCCAGGGGUGAAGGCCACCCCGGCGUUGAAAAAGCGUAUCUGGACAUCACGGGUGGCGCGCCAGAGCUGAACGAUGGCUUCCGUCGAUUGGUGGAAGGGGCAACAGCCUUGAGGGAGAGCCAAAAGCGUGAACUCACGAUCAUCGAUCGCUGCAACUUGACGGUGUUGCUGGAGCCGGGGCAGGAGACGUUGCCCAAUUUCUUGGCGGAACACAAGGUCCAUGUCAUAGCCUCCUUGCCCAGUUACGAGGCGGAACAAACCGACAAGCAGAGAGGUCGCAAAGUCUUUGAACGUAGUGUGCAGGGAUUGCGAAUCCUGAACCAGCACGGCUAUGGUGAAGGCAUCGGCCUACAUUUGGACCUCGUCUUCAACCCCCCUGGCCCCUUCUUGCCGCCACAGCAGUGCAAGCUUCAGAAGCAAUACAAGAAAGAGCUGGGUGACGCCUAUGGAAUCAAGUUUGAUCGUGGCUUGGGUUUGGUGAGAUGGUUUGAGGAUGUUUAA